CUUUAUCCUGGUGCACCCUCGGAAUUUGCAUCUUCGUUGACUCUAAUCUUGGUAUUAUUGUGUUACUGUUCUGCACUUGUUCUAUACUGUCAGUGUAGAGUAAUUUCGUCCGAGAAUGUCUACACGCAGUAAAAGACACCCGUAUCUAGAAGGCAAUUAUGCCCCGAUACGAACCACUGUUUCCUCUGUUCCGUGCAAAUCCGAAGGCUUGAUACCCGACGAGUUCAUCGCUGGCCAAUAUGUGCGAAACGGCAGCAAUCCACUGGCGGAUAGCAACACUCACGGCGAUAUCCACUGGUUUGAUGGUGAUGGAAUGCUAACGGGGGUCUUCUUUGAAAAAAUCCCUGGCUUUGGUGUGAAGCCGCAAUUUAGCAAUCAAUACGUUCUCACCGAUGUCUAUAGUGCCACAAGAAAGAACAGAUCCCUAUACCCCGUGAUACCUAGUAUGGCGACACUGGUUAAUCCCAGUCCUUCUCGGGUCCAAAUUCUCAUUGGCAUGGUUCGUGCCUACAUAAUUGUCUUUGCCUCUCUUCUGAAGAUCAUCGCUCGCCCAAUAAAGAGAAUCGGGGCUGCCAAUACCAAUAUCGUCCAUCACGAUGGGCGUGUGCUGGCAACCAAUGAAAUCGGACCUCCGAUGAGGGUUCUUUUGCCAUCGCUGAAGACAGUUGGGUGGUUUACCGGCUCUCGUGCGGAAGGAGAGGGCCAGGGAAAGGCAGCCGAUGAAGGCAGGCGUGAGCCUUACUUUGGGGGAAAGGGAAUUGAGGGUUUCUACAAGGAGAUGACAACGGCCCAUCCUCGCGUGGACCGGAGAACCGGAGAGCUGAUCCUGUUCCAUUCUACUUUCCUGCCACCGUUUGUUCAAUAUUCCAUCGUGCCCGCCGAAUUGUCAUUGUCGGAGGCGCGUCUCAACCAGCCAGUUCCGGGGCUGUCAUCGGGCAAGCUGAUGCACGAUUUCGGCGUUUCGUCCAACUACACUGUGAUAAUCGACUGUCCGGUCUCUCUAGAUCCAUUCCGGCUCCGGAACAAUGAGUCGGCCGUUGAAUACGACGCGAACGGACGAACGAGGCUAGGGGUAUUUCCACGACAUGCCCCCAAUCAAGUCCACUGGCAUGAAACUUCCCCUUGCAUUGUUAUGCACACCGCGAAUACCUGGGACGAAGAGAGCUCGGAAGGUCCACGAAUUCACCUUUUGCUCUGUCGCGAAAACAGUCUUGCUCCGUUGUAUACCAUGGGGUCUUUGACACCGCCUGAGAGUGUCUGCGCGGAGGAGCCGGAGUCGCGUCUCUACUAUUAUCAGAUAUCGCGGGAAAUAAUUCACCAGUGGGCUCUUUCGGUCAUUCCAUUCGAGUUUCCCAAUGUUCCCCGGCAUCGCGAAAUGACGGCAGCUCAAUUCAUCUAUGGAUGUUCCAUGUCGGAUGGAAACUUCACCUCCGCCUCCACAACGGGCAUUAAAAUUGAUUGUCUAGUGAAGAUUGACGUGAAAGCACUUAUUGACCGAGGAAUCGCAAGCCCGCCACCUCAGGUCACUGGAGCAGUGGACACUAGGUCAAUACAGGAGGUGUUGAAAUCUACCGACCCAGACGACGCGGUGAAAGUCUUCAAGCUCCCAAGUGGUUGGUAUGCACAGGAAUGCUCUUUUGUGCCGCGUCGCCAGGGCCAUUCGGAGGAUGAAGGGUGAAUUGUGACAUACGUAUUUGACGAAUCCCAGCUGGAUUCAAAUGGACAGCCAACCCCAGAUUCGCGCAGCGAGCUGUGGAUCAUCGAUGCUGUAUCGAUGAAAGAGGUCGUAGCCAGGAUCAUGCUGCCUCAACGAGUGCCUUACGGCAUGCACGGAAAUUGGUUUUCUGAGGAGCAGAUUCAGAGUCAGCGUGCAUACAGAGAGUUGCGGACGGAGAAGUAGUUUUAUUGGUUAAUCUCAACUUAGGAAAGAGCCAGUCG